CGCUGUGUUAACGCCAUUCGCAAAACUAACAUUGCUUGCACCAGACAGCGCGGCAUAUCGUGUUAAUAUACAAUAAUUUAAAAUGUCCUACUAUACAAGUACAUUUAUAGCAUUUGUGUUUUGUGCAACAAUUCAAUGUAGUCUCCAAUUGGUACCUUUACCGGACUAUAUCCACCCGUGCUCAGAGCUCAGCGACGAAUGCUUCACCAAAGCCACACUGGAUGCAAUCCCUGGGGUUGUCAAAGGCAUUCCUGAAGCUGAUAUACCGCCACUGGAUCCUUUAUAUAUGGACAGGAACAUCAGUAUUGAGUUACCUGGAAAUCUGAAGAUGACAUUCCACAACGCCAAGUUAUCAGGACUAGGGUCGUGCGUGCCAAAUAAAGUCUCGUCUCGUCGGGAAACGCGUACUUUCGUGUUCGACAUGCACUGUAACUUCACUAUCCGUGGACUAUACAGCUUGCGAGGCAGGCUGCUACUCUUCAAUCUAGACACCGAGGGUGCUGCCAAAAUUAAAAUCUGGAACCAACACAUCAGACUCGAAGUUGAAGAGAAGGUGGUGAAAAACAAAGAUGGCGAAGGUCACUACAAAAUCAACUCGUAUAAAUACAAAGCGGAUUAUGGCACGGACCUCAAGAUGAACUUGACCAACCUCAUUAGGGGCAACCCUGAAAUCAGUGCCAACAUUCUUCAAGUUCUCAACAGAGACUCUCAGCUAUUUGCGAACGAGUUCGGUGAACCUAUUUUGAAUUACGCUAUAGAUUACGCCAUGAAUGUCACUCAGAGAUUCUUCGACACGUUCACAUACGAUCAGAUCAGUCACGUGCCCCUUACAGACGAUUUCUUUGUUAAAGAGUAAUUUUAAUUCUUCAGAUAUUAUUCUUUUUCUUGAAUUGUGUAAUUUAAAAAAGUGAUUUAUUAUAAGGUACAUACAGGUUACUAAUACUAAUUUAUUUUUUUUUAAAUGUAAGAAUUCAUUAGUGCUUGCGUUUGGUAUUGGCCACGCAUACAUAUUUCAUACGAGAUAUUAUAUUUGUACGACGCACUUGCAAAGCAUGUACACAGUAUAAAAACAAAUAAAGAUUCAACGCCUUUGACACAAAUCCUGAAUGAUUACAUGAUAGUUCGGGACAAUUUACCACCUUCCAUUAGGGGGAUCUGUCUGUUUAUUUAUCAAAAAAUAAAUAAACAUUGGUUUGUCUCUAGACAAACCAAUGUUUAACAUAAUUAAUUAAUUAAUGUAUAAUUAAUUAAUUGUUUAAUGUUUGAACAUGUCUACAUGUUCGUUGAACGACUAUAAGUUUUUUAUACUGUGGUACGUAUAUGUGUCCUAAUUAAUCACAUUUUAUGGAUUCUAAUUUUGUUAUACAUUAAUAAUAAUAGGUACGUUAUAAUGACUGAUAAAGUACAUAUAAAUUCUAUCGGUAAUGGAACAAUCAAUACUUGUUAUUUAUAUUUUACGAAACGGUCAAAUAACAAUCAUUGUACUGUCCAAAUUGCUUGGCCAGUUGAAACCUUUUUUAAAUCUUAGCGUAGAUAUUUAUUUAAGAAUAAUUAUAAGAAUAAUAAUUGUAAAUAUUUAAAUAAAACUAUUUUAAUAAAUCA